AUGACUGGGGACAUCUUCAUUGACAUAGUGGCACCCGUGAAGAAGCUCCCCAUGUGGGACUCUGAUGUGGAUGCAGAGAGCGUGAAGAUGCUCCCUGGGGGCAGUGCCCUGAACCAGGGCCGUCAUUUGCACGCUCUGGGGACUCGAGUUCGCUUCUUUGGUGCGGUCGGAAACGACACUCUGGGGCAGUCGCUGCUGCAGCAAGUAGCUGGGCAGGGAUUUCCGACGGAGACGAUAAAGACGUUCAGCAGCCUGCCUUCUUCGGUGUGCAUCGUCCUUACUGGACCUGCUGACCGCGCCUUCGUCUCCUGUUAUUCCACAACCGAUGCUCUCACAACACGGGAUCUUCAGGAGCAGGUCAGGGGCGAGAUUGCGUUCGAAGUUUCGGCGUGCGCGUCAGAGACCCGGGUAUCCCGGGUGCAGGCCGACCACCUGGAAGGAUGCACUCACUUCCACCUCGGCGGCUACUUCAACAUGAAAGGUUUACAGAGCCAGGACUUCACUGACUUCAUCCGCAACUGCAAAGCUCGGAACAUGACGAUCUCCAUGAACACACAAUGUGAUGCCGCCGGGCACUGGUGUGGAGAAGGCAACCAUUUGGAGGAGUUCCUGCCACAUGUGGACCUCUUGUUCGUCAACAUCUCUGAAGGCGAGCACCUUUGUUCGGCACUAUGCCACGAGGGAGAUCGCUCCAUCAGCGCUCUGUGUAAGAGGUUCCCCGGCGCCACCGUUGUGGUCACUCAAGGGGAGCAUGGUUGCACUGUCUAUCGGCACGGUAUGCACGCUCUUUACGUGCCUACAAAGCCAGCAGCUCGAAUAGUGGAUGCUACAGGCUGUGGUGACGCGUUCAUUGCAGGCUUCUUGUCAUCCUGGCUGGCGCAAUCGGCGCCCUUGAACACAGACGCAGAACAGAAGGCCUUACUUGAGGCAUGUGGCAAAGGUCAUGCCGUUGCCAGCAUCUGCUUGGCGAGAGAGGGGGCUUGUGUUGAGCCGGUUCGUCCUCGCGACUUGGAGUGA